AUAAACUUUACAUUCUAUCUGAUAAAUACAAAAUGAAUCUAUCAAGCAAUGGAAAAGAUAAAAUAUUUCUAGUAUUAUAAAAAUGGAAAUGAUGACAACAUCAGACUGCAGGACAAAAAAAAGACUCAAUACAACCAAAUCCCAAAGGUUUCGGUGAGGCUGUGUGUGUCUACAGUCAAUAUUAGAGCGUUUAUGGUCCCUAAUGACUUUAUGUCAAAUAUUAGACACACACACACCCAGUUAGGUCACAGAGGAAAAAUGUUCUGAUGGGAGUUGAGGCUUCAAGCUGAGGUGCGGCCGUACAUAAGAGGGGCCAGCAGGUGUCGGCUCUGUCUGUGGACCUGAUCUCCAGCACACAGUAAGUUCUCCUCGGACUCGCUCUUCAAGGUCCAGGACUCUGUGUGUAUAUUGAAAGGACAACUGCUUUUUCUCUCAUCUUUAGGAUCUUUAGAAGAUUCAAAAUGUACGGACACAACCAAGGUAAACGGCUACUUUUAAAUAAUGCAUAUUGAGCUUGAUAAUAACUUUUGCAAAAACAGUGACGUAUAUAUCUGAUUCCUCACUUCUUCUGGUGUUUAGGAAACCAGUACCCCCCUGGCUACCCAAACAACCAUCAACAGAUGCCAGGGGGCUACCCUCAACAUCCUCCAGGCAGCGCCCCACCACCGAACUACCCUCCUCAGCCCCACGGUCAACAGGGAGGCUACCCCGGACAUGGGCCUGGGCCUGGUUAUGGCCAAGGGCAAGGAUACGGGCAGGGCCACGGACAGGGCCAAGGACAGGGCUAUGGACAGGGCCACGGGCAGGGCCAUGAACAGGGCCACGGACAGGGCCACGGACAGGGCCACGGGCAGGGCCACGGGCAGGGCCACGGGCAAUGCCACGGGCAGGGCCACGGGCAAUGCCACGGACAGGGCCAUGGCCAAGGGCACGGAGGCGGACAUGGUCAUGGACAUGGCCACAAGCACAAGAAUGGUCACACUCAUGACAAGUGUCACAAGAAAGGAAAGAACUGUCACGGGUCCUCCAGCAGCUCCUGCAGCAGUGACUCGGACUGAAGAAGAUCCGUGGAGUCGCAGACCUUCAAUCUCUGACCAGAUACUAUGAUCAACAUUUUACUGCCCAAAUGUUUUUAUAAAUGGAUUUGUAUUUUUUUUUUAAAUUGUCAUAAUAAUCAGGCUUCUGUGAAAAUAAUUUAACUUUGAAAAUAAAAUUCAACUUCAAAUUUCA